ACCAUGAAAGCAACGAGAUUGUUUAUAGGAGCUCACCUGCUUCUGUGACUGCUUUGAACUUUGAUUUAUUAAAUAAUAAUAAUAAUAAUAAUAAUAAAUCAGAGUACGAUGUCAAGCUUUUUAUGGCCAGGAAGGCGGGACACCGGGGAAGUACUCGCCACGGCCUGUAGAUAGCUCCGCGUCGCUAGCGGAGAGCCGCCGGGCGGCCUGCACACUCUGAAGCGCUGGCCGACUGUCAAUGUGCGGCCGCACGCUUAUCAGCGCCCGGUGGGACGAAGGGAGUGAUUUCCAGACACCCAAAGGCGACGAGGACGUAGCAGAGGAGCGCCAGGAUCCGGAAUAGAGACCGGGGGAGGGGGGAGACAGAGACAACGAGACAGAGCGCUGAGAUCCGCUGAGAGCCCAUCACCAUGGGGGAGGACAUUGGCCAGAGCAGAAAGGCCAACUUCUCCGCUCUGGGCGAGCAUGCCAACGGCCUCACCAAAUCCUCCGCCCUGUCCUCCAAGUCCGGCGCGUCUAAGAAGUUAGUUAUUAAAAACUUUAAAGAUAGGCCCAAGUUGGCAGACAACUACACAGAGGAGACGUGGCUGAAAUUGAGAGAUGCAGUGGGUGCCAUUCAGAGCAGCACCGCCAUCAAGUACAAUCUGGAGGAACUUUAUCAGGCUGUGGAGAACUUGUGCACUUACAAGGUUUCUCCCAAGCUUUACAAGCAACUUCGGCAGGUCUGUGAGGACCACGUGAAAGCCCAGAUCCACCAGUUCAGUGAGGACUCUCUGGACAAUGUCUCCUUCUUGAAGAGAAUGGACAGGUGCUGGCAGGAUCACUGUAGGCAGACAAUCAUGAUCCGGAGUAUUUUUCUGUUUCUGGAUCGCACUUACGUCCUACAGAACUCACUGCUGCCUUCUAUUUGGGACACGGGCUUGGAGCUUUUCCGGACCCAUAUCGUGAGUGACCACGCAGUUCAGAGCCGUACGGUCGAUGGGAUCCUGGAGCAGAUCGAGUGUGAACGCAACGGAGAGACUAUUGACCGCAGCCUGCUGCGUAGCCUGCUCAGCAUGCUCUCGGACCUGCAGGUCUAUAAGGAUUCAUUUGAGCAGAAGUUCCUGAUGGACACGAAUCGCCUCUAUGCAGCCGAAGGUCAGCGACUGAUGCAGGAGAGAGAGGUUCCUCAGUACCUACACCAUGUGUCUCGCCGGCUGGAGGAGGAGAACGACCGUGUCAUCACCUACCUGGACCAGAACACGCAGAAGCCACUGAUAUUCACUGUGGAGAAGCAGUUGCUGGGUGAACAUUUGACUGCCGUCUUGCAGAAAGGCCUGGACAGUCUUUUGAAUGAGAACCGUGUGACAGAGCUGGCCCUGCUCUUCCAGCUCUUCAGCAGAGUCAAGGGAGGCCUGGCUGCCCUGUUGCAGCACUGGAGGGACUAUAUCAAGAAUUUUGGGGGUACAAUUGUUGGGACCCCAGAGAAGGACAAGGAAAUGGUCCAGGAGCUUCUGGACUUCAAGGACAAGACUGACCACAUCAUCCAGACCUGCUUCCAGAAGAACGAGAGCUUCCUUAACGCCAUGAAAGAGUCCUUCGAAACUUUCAUCAACAAGAGGCCCAACAAGCCGGCGGAGCUCAUAGCAAAGUAUGUGGACUCUAAGCUGCGUGCAGGCAACAAGGAGGCCACCGACGAGGAACUGGAGCGAAUCCUGGACAAGAUCAUGAUCAUCUUCCGCUUCAUUCACGGAAAGGAUGUGUUCGAGGCAUUUUACAAAAAGGACCUGGCCAAGCGUCUGCUGGUGGGCAAGAGUGCUUCCGUGGAUGCGGAGAAGUCCAUGCUCUCCAAGCUCAAACACGAGUGUGGGGCGGCAUUCACCAGCAAGCUGGAGGGGAUGUUCAAAGACAUGGAGCUGUCCAAGGACGUGAUGAUACAGUUCAAGCAGUACAUGCAGAACCAAAGUGACCCAGGAAACAUCGAGCUAACUGUGAACAUCCUGACCAUGGGCUACUGGCCGUCGUAUACACCCAUGGAGGUCCAUCUCCCCUCUGAGAUGGUGAAGCUGCAGGAGGUGUUCAAAACGUUUUACCUGGGGAAACACAGCGGCCGGAAGCUUCAGUGGCAGCCCACUCUUGGCCAUGCAGUGCUCAAGUCCGAAUUCAAGGAGGGUAAGAAGGAGCUGCAGGUCUCACUGUUCCAGACGUUGGUACUGCUGAUGUUCAACGAGGGAGAUGAGUUCACUGUGCAGGAGAUCCGCUCUGCAACUGGCAUAGAGGAUGGAGAGCUGCGCCGCACGCUGCAGUCGCUGGCAUGCGGCAAGGCACGCGUCCUGAACAAGACCCCCCGCGGGAGGGACGUCGAGGACGGGGACCGCUUCGAGUUCAACUCAGACUUCAGACACAAGCUCUUCCGUAUCAAAAUCAACCAGAUCCAGAUGAAGGAGACGGUGGAGGAGCAGGUGAGCACCACUGAGAGGGUGUUCCAGGACCGCCAGUACCAGAUUGACGCCGCUAUCGUGCGUGUGAUGAAGAUGAGGAAGACUCUGAGUCACACUCUGCUGGUCUCCGAGCUCUACAACCAGUUAAAGUUCCCUGUUAAGCCUGGGGACCUAAAGAAGAGGAUUGAGUCCCUCAUCGAUCGUGACUACAUGGAGCGUGACAAAGAGAGCCCCAAUCAGUACCACUACGUGGCCUGACCGGGCUCGUGACGUGGGCUCGUACCCCGGUUGUUCCUUUGGUGGUCGGCACCGUUUGAUGUGCCCGUUUUCUGUAUCGCACUCUUCAUUUAAAGGCCAUGCAUGUAAAUACUGAACAUGGGCACCAGGCAGGCAGAGUAGAACGCGAGUCUGCUGGAUUCACUCUGAAGCACUUUCUUACAUGAUCAUUUUAAUGAUUGUUGAUUUUGUUCUCCCCCGCCCUUCCCAAUGGUCUGUUCUGCUGUAGCGCUUUAUUUUGUCUCAGCCAUGUUGUUUCAGUUUGACGAGCAGCUCAGAAACUGUGAGAACCAAUGAUUAAUAUACAGCUGGGCUGCCCCUCAUUUCUGAGACGGCACCAUAAACCUGGAGCAUGUUAUUUUUACUUAGGCACUUAUUCAGUCGCGAGCAACACUGAAACGGAAAACCUUCUCAUGACGAUCUGCGUUCCCACGUUUGCGCAGAGGUCGCAUGGGGCGCAGAAGCGGUCGGGGUGGGGACACUACACCCACGGCGUAACGCUGAGGGGUCGCCCUGCCUUUUGUUAGGUUUUCCUUACGAUCGCAAUGAUCAAACCGUUUGCAUUCUAUACGUUUUUUUUUUUUUUUUUGUAGACAAGCUUCUAGCUCUGUAAGGAGUUGAAAAAAAAUGUUAAACAAAAAUAAAUAAAAAUCUUUAAAGAAAGAAAAAGUUGUGUAAGUCUAA